AAUCUGCGACGUAAACAAAGCCACGUGUUUUGCGCCGCUUCUCGCCACUGGGAACGAGUUUCCGGGAUUCUAAGAUGCCAGGCCUUGAUGAUUGGAUUCUUACGCCUUAUAGGCUUCUUGACAGAAUAUUCGAUGAGUGUGGGCCAAGUGGAUCCUGGAAGGAAAGGGCACGUGAAUUUUUCACUCAGGAAAUCGAUAAUCCGUCGGUGCUGAAAAGGAUUCCUUGGCUGAAUGAAACUCCACUCCACCACCUGAGACCAAACCAGGUAGUCCGCUACAGGGGCAUGGUGCAGGACAUGUACGACAAUGAGUUCUUCUUAGACACCUACGAAGUACGCGAUAAGACAGGGACCUUAAAGGUGCGACCUGGGCGUUACAAGGACAUCGCUGAAUGUGGGCCUGAUGAAGAGUUAGUCAGGGAUUCAGAUAACUGCCAGACAGGAGAUCGUCUCACCUACUACUGUAUACCAACACCAGGGGAGAAUUCUUGGGUCAAGGAGGUUUAUAGUGAGAUGAACCCAUGUUUGAGUGAAGCAAGCACAUCCAGUUCAUGUGGAAGGACCAAGCGAAGUGUUUGUGAAGAGGCAGAAGAUGAGCAGGAAGAUACCAGCAUAGGGGGAGGCGCAAGGCAACAGACUGCAGAAGGAACAAGUAUGGAGACUGCAGAACCUGGAGAGAACAAACGAUUCAGGACAGAUAUUGGAAAUGCAUCAGCUAAUGGAGCUGGAACAAGCAGUGGCACUCCUGCAUCUACAAGUAAUGGAACCCCUGACCUCAAUUUCCCCAUACCAGGCAUGAAAGGAACUCCAUGUUUAGUGAAGCUUUAUGAUGAUGUCAGCUUUUCCCUGAAUGAUGUCAUUGAGAUUGUAGGAAUCUUGUCAGUAGACCCUUCACUAGCAAGGAAGAAGGAUGACAAUGACAAUAAUGAGAUGGAGUUUAUGGAUGUGGAAGAAGAUGCUGCUAGAUGCCCACCUCCAUCUCUUGUUCCUAGGCUACAUGUUUUGACUGCUCGCAAGAUGGCCCACACAAACCCACUCCUUCCAGCCCAAGUUACGGAGAGUGACAACACCAAUGCUACAAUAGUAGAAGAUAUGAGGGAAACAAGAGAAGUUUUGCGGAAAAUACUUGAAGAGGCUUUCUUAGGAGAUGCCCUUGCUGCUGAAAUGAUGGUGUGCCACCUGGUUUCAUCUGUAUACUUAAGACAGGAUGUUAUUGCAUUAGGGAAGUACAGCGUUAAUGUGUCGGGUAUAAGCAAAAGUCUCCAAGAGCAGAAGUACACAAGCAAGCUGUACCAGUUACUUAGCUUGUUUGUUACUCAGUCGCAUUUCUUCCCAAUGACCUUAAACAACAUGAAUAAGGUUAAAUUUAUACCAAAGAAGGACUACCAGUCAAAUCGUCUCAUCAGUGGCCUACUACAGCUGAGUCAACACACACACCUGGUUCUGGAUGAGACAGCCCUGACAGCUGGGCAGUUGGAUACCCAAGGAGUGCAGAACUUGACAGCUCUGGGCAAUGCCAUUAACUGGCAGAAGGUUGAUUAUGACUUCCAGUAUCACCAGCUGGAGCAGUUUACCAAUAUUCCAGUCCUCAUAUUCUCAGAGGGAAGAGCAAUGAUCAAUAGUGAUGCAGAGAUUAGAUUACAGCCAAGUAAAGAAGUCUCUGCAGCUUUUAAUUGCAUCGAAGCACAGUUGACACCAGACAUUCUGAGGAGGAUUCGGUCAUAUCUAACAGUUGCCAGACUUACCAAUUAUGAUCUCUCAGAAGAUAUGCAGAAGAUGGUGCAGGAUGAUUUUGUUGACAGCCGGAAGAAUGACAAUGGUAUUUCUGCAGAGGACCUCCACAACCUACUUAUACUGGCAAGACUUGUUGCUGUAAGCUGUGGAGAAAACCAUCUCACUGCUGAUGUGUGGAAAUGUACAAAGAUUCUUGAGAACGAACGUAAAUUACGUGUUCGCACACCAACGCAGUGAAAUAUAAUUUCUAGUUUAAAUGUAUAGUAAGCUUAAAACAAGUAUAUUUUGAUAUUUGAUAUAGUUUUUAAUGAAUAUUUACAUUAUUAUGAAAAUUAUUAUGAUUCAACAAGUAUGAUACCUGUAAACUGUUUAUCUGUUCAUGAAAAGAGGGUAAAUAUUAACUCAUAUAUUAUAUAAACAGUAAGGAUGAAGUUUUUCCCUACCCUACUCAUGCAGGUGAUACAGUAUUUAAUGAGCAAUUUGAAGGUUGCUUUUGUUUGGCAAAGAAAAAUUAAAUAUUCAAAUUUUCCAUAUGUUUCUGGACCAAGAAAGUUUUUUUUUUUUAUGUUGAACAUUCCCCACUGAAAAUCUUAACUUAGAUUUUUGUUUUUCUAUUUUCUGUAAACUGUAUGUAAAGUGUCUAUAUUAUAAACAUGUAACUUAGUAACUGCUGUUAUUAUAAAUGUCUUGAAGACUAAUAAUUCA